UCAGCAUGGAAUCCAUAAUCUGGACACAUGGAUGCUAGGCAACAGUGUUAAUAUUUACAGCUGCGCGUGCCGGUCAGCAAACAAGGGUUGUGCCCAGAAUAGGUUCAUCGACUCCCGACGUCCCAGAACAUUCACCUCUUACAACCAACCCCACGAGGUUUCCAGGAUAGACGUCCAUGUCAUCCGAUGCCUCGGGUGGAUAGAUGACGCGAUUGGAACACUCACUACAUGCCUGUCGGUGUCGCUGUAUGCAACGUUAUCAUCAUCAUAUCGGCGUCGUCGAAUGCAACAUCACUGUUGUAGCAAGUCUCCAUCAUGUUUGUGUAUGUGUGCAAGGGAGCGGUGUCUAUAUCCGUCUCCUACCUAUCACGUAGAAGAUGACCCCGUAUCGUGGCACAACGAUUACGCCAAUUCUGCUACAGCAUCCAGCUGCUCUCAUCCAUCCAGUUGGCCGCAACGUUAUGUCAUGACUUCAUUGUGUUCACUCGGGAGUGCACUAGCAACACACCUAAGCAUCGCACCUAUCACCUUUUGCAAAGGGCGCAAAGAUAGGUAGGUAGGCAGGCAGCAGAGUUCUAGAUGCAUUGUACCCCCAUUGGCUUUUUACGCCAUCAGCUUCGGAUUGGCUAUACUCGUUCGACCUCUGUCGACCUGCGUUGCCCACCCCGCCUUGACCUCUUUUAAACACUCCUGUAACUAUUGGUGCAUCCCCCUUCGUUAUUCUAACGAGAAACUCAAAGAUCAAUGGAGUAUGUAGUAAAUAGGAUCAUUAUUUUCCAGACAGCAUAUACUGUCUGGAUAUCAAUCAAGACCGUAAAGACGCUCUCAGAUGCGCGAUAUCGUAUUUAGAAAAUCGUAAACUCAUGUCGCUCGCUCUUUGUGGUAUUCCCUUCAGA